AUGUACCAGUCCGUCAGUCAAUCAUCUGUUCUCUCCCCUUCUCUCUCUUGUCGCUCGCUCUUCUCUUGGGACCCGCGUCGUGACGCUGUGCGACGCUUUGGCGAGCCCGAAUCCGAUCACAUGCAGCUCACCCAACCUCAUGGACAAGCUGAGCCAAAGCAAGGGAAUGCCCACCACCACCAUCAUCAUCAUCAUCUUCUUCCUCCCCCACUGACCUGGCUGGUUAAACAAGUUGCCAUGCUACAUCUCAAGUCAACUAUUGAUUCUACAUUGGUGUGGGGAUUACGCUGCCAAAAAUAG